AUGCUUACAUUUGGGGAACUGCGCGAACCGUUUAGCCGAGCGUCGGACGUUUUCGACGACGAAGAUUUCGAAGAGCCGGUUGAGUUUCCAUACGUUUUGACCAAGACUAUGACCUCCGACUCAGAUGACCUUCAGAAAUCCGUGAGAUGCCAAACGUUAGUUGUCGCCUACGGAUUGCACUCAUUGAAUUUCAUGAACGCGUAUGUCCUAGGGGACACAUGGCAUUUGAUUGCGACAGUUACUGUUCGUCGCAAGGUUUUGUCAGGCGAUUCUGAAACCGUUGUACCCCCGCUUGCUGAGCUAACUUUCCAUGCGAACAAAGAUAAAGAUGGUGUACUCGUCUGUUUGUGUCCUGACUUCUUUGACGUUCAGGCGUCUGUGGCCAUUUCAGAUAUGGUUUUCUCCGUACCCGAAACGUGUCCAUCAUCGGUAAUCGUUCUACUUUCUAAGCAUGAGAGUUGCAUAACGAAAGCAGAAGAGCAGGACGUUGUCAGUGAUGUGCCUGCCAGACUUCAGUACUUGCCGGACAGCUGGUGGUCAGAAGCAGUUCCCAAAGAGUGGCAGCGUUUGCGCUUAACUUUUUUGGAAAAUGUCGGCGCCGCAGACAUGGCUAUGCCUUUGGAACGCGAGAAUUCGAUUUCAUCGACGACCAGUUCGAUGUUUCCUGAGCAUAAGGUUUCCUUCAGCUCAGAAUUGGACCUAAUUUCUUACAGAUCAGACACCUGCGAGAUCAGAAAAAUCCCUGUACUGGUCAGGAUUCAACAGGAAGAACAACGAAUGUACAUUAUGCUAAAGAGACUGCGCAGGUCGCUGCCAAAUCUGAUGACUGAGGAACAGGCGAUGAUGAAUUUCGUUAAAGGCAUGGCUGGCACCGGUGACCUUUCGCUUCCGCUGGCGUUCUUCAACGCCGGGUUAUGGUAUACGGACAGUAAUAUAACCAGGAAAAACUAUAACGAUUUAAGAUGCAAUAUUCCAUCGGCGGACUACGGACAAACUGCAGAAUUGGCAAUGAAGCAAGGGCCGGUUUUACUCCGAAAGAAAGCUCACUGGGGAAGGAAUACCGUCAAUACGUUUCUCAUGAUCAAUCAAAUUGGAACGAUAUGCAUCUAUUAUUUGUUCAUUUCAGAAAAUUUUAAGGAGGGCUUCAGUCCAAGCAAUACUAUGUCACUGAUUCAUUUCAUGUUGAUGAUUCUCGUGCCCUUGUUGUUGCUGUGCUCGAUUCGACAUCUGAAGUACCUGGCAUACUUUACCACCGUUGCCAACGUGAUUCUGCUCAUAGCUAUCGUAAUCUUGCUUCAGUACAUGGUUCGUGAUUUGCCUCCUUCAAGCCGACUACCCGCUUUCAACAGCUGGAACACACUGCCAUUGUUUUUUGGAUCUGCCAUGUUUGCCUUUCAAGGAAUUAACACCAUAAGCGCAAUUGAAAGCAGGUCUUUGAGACCAAAAAACAUCAUAAAAUGGAACGGUGUCUUGAAUACCAGCUGUGUGCUAGUGGCUGUUUUGUACAUUGUCCUCGGUUUCUAUGGUUACGUCAAGUUCGGUGACGAAGUCAAAGGAACCGUUACCUUGAAUCUACCGAUGGACGAACCGAUUUAUCGAGCAACCAAAGUUAUGUUUGGCAUGUCUAUACUAUUCACUUAUCCGGUUCAAUUCUACGUUCCUGUCAGCGUCGUUGCCAGACACAUCGAAAUCAAGUACGGAAUAAACAAAAAACAGUUCCUUGCUGAAUACGCAUUCCGUUACCUGUUGGUUCUGUUCAGCUGUAAGUUGCCUGUCGAUUGUUUAGCUAGUGCACAUAAGCAACUUAUUCGUAUUUCAGUUGCUGUCGCUGCCGUGCUCCCUCAUCUUGGACUCAUCAUCUCGCUGAUAGGCUCCUUCGCUGGAAGUGUCAUCGCUAUGAUGUUCCCUGGCGUGAUUUAUUUCAGCACCUACCACCUAAGCAACGAAAGGAAUUUCAAGUGGUAUUGGCAUCUUGCGGUCACAAUAUUCCUCGUGUUGAUUGGCAUCUUUGGUAUGGUAACUGGCAGCUAUGCCUCCAUCGUUGGUCUCAUCGAGGCACUAAAGAAGGGUGGUUAUUCUUAA